AUGUCCGGCCCACUCUCCGUCGAAGACAUUCUCGCCCAGCAAAAGGCUGAGCGUGAGGCCGCGGCAAAGCCAAAAUUCAUGACCAAGGCGAUGCGCGAGAAGCUCGCUGCGGAGAAAGCUGCGGCCGAUUCGUCCUCCACCAAAGAGAAGGAGCGGGGAGAUCGGGCCCGCCGAGAAGGGCUGGAACGCGCAGCGGCCGAGGAGCGGCGGCGGGCGGAUGUGAACCGCCGCGAUCGGGAACGCGAAAGGGAUACUCGCGACGGGGGGUUGGAUUAUCGCGGUGACCACCGUGCCGAUUACCGCGACCGGCGCAGGGACGAUGAUUUUCGCGGUGGACGACAGGACCGUCGGUUCGACGACCGCGAUCGUGAUCGUGAUCGUGAUCGUCGCGACGGCGGACAUGGACGAGGGGGACGGCGCGAUGACCGCCGCGCCAACGGGGCUCCAAGCCGGAAUGCCAAUGGCGCCAGCGGGAACGACGAGCUGGAUACAAUCAAGAAGCGGUAUCUGGGCCAGAAGGAAGAGGUCAAGAAACCAUGGAUGCGCAAGGCGACGAACAAGAAUGCCAUCUUUGACUGGAGCGCCGCCGACGAUACAUCCUCUCAGCGGGUAUGGGUGCCUACAGAGGGUACGCACACGCGCUCCGCCGCGGCGAGUAGCACGGGAUCGCCGGCGCCCGGCGAGAGCAAGUUUACGGAUGCGUUAGAGCGGCGGCGUGCCGGAAAGGGCGGUAACGAUGAUCGGCACUGGAGCGAGAAGCCGCUCGAGGAGAUGAAGGAGCGCGACUGGCGUAUCUUCCGCGAGGACUACUCGAUCUCGUCCCGCGGCGGAGCCAUCCCCAACCCCCUGCGGACGUGGCGCGAAAGCGCGAUUCCAGAGCGUAUCUGCGACAUUGUCGACACGAUCGGGUAUACUGAGCCCUCCCCGAUUCAGCGGCAGGCCAUCCCGAUUGGGCUGCAGAACCGCGACCUCGUCGGCCUGGCCAAGACAGGUUCGGGCAAGACGGCGGCCUUCCUCAUUCCCAUGCUCACGUAUAUUUCGCGGCUGCCGGCGCUGAAUGACGAUAAUCGUCAUCUGGGGCCGUACGCUUUGAUUCUCGCCCCGACGCGUGAACUCGCCCAGCAGAUUGAGGCCGAGGCGGCAAAGUUCUGCGGGCCGCUCGGGUACACUUGCGUGUCGAUUGUUGGUGGACGGAGUGUCGACGAGCAGCAGUUCAACCUCCGUGACGGUUCGCAUCUUGUUAUCGCGACUCCGGGUCGUCUGAAGGACAUGAUCGACAAGAGUAUACUAGUCAUGUCCCAGUGUCGCUAUGUGGUCAUGGACGAGGCCGACAAGAUGGUCGAUCUCGGCUUUGAAGCCGACCUCACCUUUAUCCUCGACGCCAUGCCCGCUCCCAAGGAGGAAGGCGAUAAGAGCGACCGCGUAAUGACUCUCUUCUCGGCGACCAUGCCGCCCGCCGUUGAGCGCCUCACGCGAAAGUACCUCCGCAAACCGGCCACUGUUACCAUCGGCACAGCGGGUGAGGCGGUCGACACGGUCGAGCAGCGCGUCGAGUUCGUCAGUGGCGAGGAGAAGAAGAAGGCGCGCCUGCAGGAGAUUCUGCGCAGCCACGCCCUGCCGCCGCCCAUUCUCGUGUUCGUCAACCAGAAGACGACGGCCGACGUCGUCGUAAGAUAUGUCCAGCAGGCUGGGCGGGCGGCUACCACUCUCCACUCUGGCAAGAACCAGGAGCAGCGCGAGGCGAGUCUCAAAGCCCUCCGCGACGGCGAUGUCGAGGUCCUCGUCGCUACCGACCUCGCGGGUCGUGGUAUCGACAUUACCGAUGUCUCGCUCGUCAUCAACUGGCAGAUGACGGAUACGAUUGAAAAGUACGUCCAUCGUAUCGGUCGUACCGGUCGUGCAGGCAAGGAGGGUCUCGCCAUCACGUUUCUCGAUAACAACGACGAGGAGGUCAUGUUCGACCUCAAACAGGAGAUCCAGAAGUCGGCGCGCUCGACAAUGAACCCCGAGCUCGCACGGCACGAAGCGGCGCGGCAAAAGGUCACGCGCGAGAUGAAGCGCAAGCGCGAUGAGUUCGACGACUAG